GGGCAGAAGACGCUGCCGCAGCAGCCAAGAAAAAAGGGCAGAGGAUGCCGAACAGGCACGUCUGCUGGCCGUGCAACAACAGCGCCAACACGACGAGGCAGCAGCAAGGGCUGUUGAUGAAGAAAGAACACAACGUCGUGAGAAGAUAUUCACCGGAGAGCGGGCGUUACUUACCAUGGCAGCAGAAUGGCGAAGCGAGGCCGAGAACAACCAGUUGGAGGACAGCGCAAACAAGAUAGCGCUCCUCCUCUCGCAUCUCACGGAUCUCCUGGCAACCUGCAUUACACAGCAGGCGGAGAUCCUUGGUCUCGACAACUCGGUAGCUCAGCUCCAAGACCGCCUUCAGCGGGUGGAGCAGCGACCAGUCACCGCCGCCGACGCAGGCUCUUCCAAUACUGCCGACCGCCUCACCGCAUUGGAGAUGCACGUCGGCUCCUCCAGGAUGGCGCACAGUUACAGCAGACCGCGACGCAACAAUUGCAGCAGCGGAUCUGCACUACCGCCACCACCUCGGGUCCGGAGCCGCGCGAGACAGCUCCUAAGUUCGAUGGGCAGGAGAUCUUCCACGACUCAAUCAAGACAGAUCCGAUUCCAUGGUUUCGCAAGUUUGAGUUCACGCUGCAGCUCCACAACGUCAAGGAAAACAAGCACCACGCUUACUUGUACUCUCGCUCAGGGGGCGCGUGUCAGGCGUGGUUGGACAACUUAUUGUCCAAGUACGGAGUGGUAGCAGCGGACUUGCACACCAUGAUCAGCUGGGAUGAUCUGAAGGCGGCGUGGCACAAGCGGUUCCAGGUGGAGCCGCCAGAGAUCAAAGCCAUGGACAAGCUUAUGGUCUUCGAGCAAGCAAGGCUCGCUGCCGAGUAUGGACUGGAUCGCCGAGUACCAACGCUUGACGUCAGUCCCAGACAUCCAGAUGGGCUUCAAGGCCAUCCGCCACUAUUUCAUCUCAAGGUCAUGUCCGACAUUGAGCAAUGCCCUGACGCAUGUCGAGGACACCUUGACGACGACGGCGAAACUAUUCGACAAGUCUGCGCAGAUCAUCGGAAACAGAGCACCGCCGAGAGUGAUGCGAUGACACUCUCGACGCCUUCGGAACUGGUUUCUUCGCGAGUGACCAGCCUUCAUUCCGAGACGCACGCGAAAGUCGACAGUCCUCCGCUUCUAUUUUCUUUUGAGGACUAUGCUGCCCGACUCGUUCCAACGCUGGGUACUCAAGCUCAAGGACAAGGAGUGUGUGCGGUUUCUUCUCCGUCCGGCAACAGCGACAUAUCGUCUUCAAGUGGUUUGUCACGGGAUUCGGCGCGCGAGUUCAAGAUAGAGGUUUUGGACCCGCUCACAUCUGAGCACUUUGCAUGGCUUCCUCUCCCGACCACAGGUUGUUUGCAGGGACCGCAAUGCGCAGCACUUAGCGCUCAUCUCCACACUUACCUUUCCUUCUAUGCACCACCAACUUCGCCGACGGAUGACGAAGUCGCGGUGGGGGACAUCCUAGCGUACGUUACCAAGGUGGCCCGCGAGUUUCGCACGCAGCGGUACGAUAACAACAAUGCACCGCUCAUGUAUAUCCGCAUCCAGGUUGGGCAAGCGUCCUGCAGCGCUUUGCUGGAUAGCGGCGCGACUCGCAACUUCAUGAGCCAGUCUUUUAUGCAAAGAGCUGGCCUUGACGCACACGUUCGGAGAAAGGCAAACCCGACGGCGAUCAAGUUGGCGGAUGGAAAGACGCAGCAACUACUCGACCGUUACAUCGAGGCCGUACCGGUCUACUUCACACCUCAUGCAURCGAACCGGUGACAUUCGAUAUUCUCGACACGGACUUCGACAUCAUUCUGGGAAUGCCUUGGCUUGCAAGUGCGGAUCACACGGUCAACUUCCAUCGGCGGACUCUUAGCGUUCGCGACGCCUUUGGCGCGGAAGUGGCGUGUACGAUUCCUCUACCGCACUCUUCGAUCCGGUGCCAAGUGGUGACGGCCAAAUCAUCCCGGGUGACUUGUGCUUACGAGCAGCCCGAGGAGAUCGGCAUAUGUUUCCUACGGACCGUCGCGGUAGUCGACUCUUCACCCACGGACUUGUCUUCGGCCCCCCGUGUGGUACGGUUGCUGGACGAGUUCGCCGACAUCUUCGAGUCACCUACCGGUAUGGUGCCGGGUCGGCCGAUCUCUCACGAGAUCAUUCUUGAGGUCGGUGCCGUGCCGCCGGAAGGUUGCAUCUAUCGGAUGAGCGAGGAGGAGCUUGAGGUACUCCGCGCACAACUCGAUGAUUUGUUGGCCAAGGGCUGGAUCCACCCGAGUAGCUCCCCAUAUGGAGCACCAGUUCUCUUCGUCAGGAAGAAGAACAAGGAUCCACGAUUGUGUAUCGACUACCGCAAGCUCAACACGCAAACCGUCAAGAAUGCGGGGCCUCUUCCUCGCAUCGACGAUCUUCUCGAGCGGCUGGGCGGUGCGAAGUAUUUUUCCAAGUUGGAUUUGAAAUCAGGAUAUCAUCAAAUCUCGAUUCAGCCGAAUGAUCGCUAUAAAACCGCAUUCAAGACGCGGUACGGGCAUUUUGAGUGGGUGGUUAUGCCUUUUGGCCUCACCAACGCCCCGGCGACAUUCCAAGCGGUGAUGACCAAUGAGUUUCGUGCAAUGUUGGACCGGUUCGUGCUGGUCUACUUAGACGAUAUUCUCGUCUACAGCCGGACAUUGGAGGAUCAUCUUGGACAUCUUCAACGAGUGUUGGAGACGCUCUGCCGUGCCAAGUACAAGGAAAACCGUGACAAGUGCGAAUUUGUCCGGCAAGAGCUGGAAUACUUGGGCCAUUUUGUCACACCGGAGGGCAUCAGUCCGCUAUCGGACAAGAUUCAGGCCGUCCAAGAGUGGCCAGAGCCUCAGAACGUCACGGAUGCCCUCUCGUUCCUCGGUCUUACCGGCUACUAUCAGCGCUUCAUCAAAGGCUACUCCAAGAUCGCGGCCCACUUGAACAAGCUUCAGUGCGAGGAUCGCCCGUUUGACUUUGGAGAGGCGGCGCGGGGAUCAUUCCUCGCUCUCAAAGCCGCGCUAUUGUCUACGGAGGUCUUGCGGAUAUACGACCCACUCGCGCCUACACGUGUCACUACGGAUGCGUCAGGCUAUCGCAUUGGUGCAGUCCUCGAGCAACAUGAUGGUGUGGACUGGCACCCGGUCGAGUACUUCAGCAAGAAAGUGCCACUCGUGCAAUCCAUUGACGAUGCACGCAAAAAGGAGCUCCUCGCCUUCGUCCACGCGCUCAAGCGGUGGCGGCACUUCCUCCUUGGUCGAAGCCAAUUUCGCUGGGUAACGGACAACAAUCCGUUCGUCUUCUACAAGACCCAAGACACCGUCAAUAGCAUCAUCGCUCGAUGGAUGGCUUUCAYCGACCAGUUCGACUUCUUUCCCGAUCACAUUCCCGGGAAGUCGAACCGUUUUGCGGAUGCUCUUUCACGGCGUCCGGAUCACUGUACCGCGGUCUACUCGACUUUCGAGAUUGACGAUGACCUGCGGAACAGCUUCAUCCGCGGUUACCAAGCCAACCCCGAGUUUCGCGACAAGUACGCGAAUUAGGCGGAUCCAGGAGGGGUACUUGCUUGUCCACACGCGGGGGAAGGACCUUCUUUGCGUAUCAAGUGAUCCUCACUUGCGUACACGGCUUCUUGGCGAGUUCC